AUGGUCCUGGUCCACGUCGGCUAUCUCGUGCUUCCAGUGUUUGGCUCUGUGCGAAACAGAGGUGCCCCCUUUCAAAGGUCUCAGCAUCCUCACGCUACCUCCUGCCGCCACUUCCACCUGGGUCCCCCGCAGCCGCAGCAGCUAGCCCCGGACUUCCCGCUGACACACCCCGUGCAGUCGCAGCCGGGCCUCAGCGCCCACAUGGCCCCGGCCCACCAGCACAGCGGCGCGCUGCACCAGUCGCUGACCCCGCUGCCCACCCUGCAGUUCCAGGACGUCACAGGUCCCUCCUUCCUACCUCAGGCCCUGCACCAGCAAUACCUGCUGCAGCAGCAGCUCCUGGAAGCUCAGCACCGCAGGCUUGUCUCGCAUCCCAGGCGGAGUCAGGAUCGAGUGUCUGUUCACCCCCACCGCCUCCACCCCAGCUUUGACUUUGGCCACCAACUGCAGACACCUCAGCCCCGGUAUCUGGCUGAGGGCACUGACUGGGAUCUCAGUGUGGACACCGGCUUGAGUCCUGCCCAGUUCCAGGUGCGGCCCAUCCCUCAGCACUAUCAGCAUUACCUAGCAACUCCUCGAAUGCACCACUUCCCCAGAAACUCUUCCUCCACCCAGAUGGUUGUCCAUGAAAUUCGAAACUACCCUUACCCACAGCUUCACUUCCUCGCUCUCCAGGGACUAAAUCCUAGUCGACACACCUCUGCUGUUCGGGAGAGCUACGAGGAGCUGCUGCAGCUCGAGGACAGGUUGGGAAACGUGACUCGAGGAGCCGUACAGAACACCAUCGAGAGGUUCACCUUCCCCCACAAGUACAAGAAGCGAAGACCCCAGGACAGCAAGGGGAAGAAAGACGAGGGGGAGGAGUCAGACACAGAUGAGAAAUGCACCAUUUGUCUGUCUAUGCUGGAAGAUGGAGAAGAUGUGAGACGCCUACCUUGUAUGCAUCUCUUCCACCAACUGUGUGUGGACCAGUGGCUGGCCAUGAGCAAGAAAUGCCCCAUCUGCCGAGUGGACAUUGAGACACAGCUGGGAGCCGACAGCUGA